UCGUCAAAUCAGUUUACAUUAUCCAAAUAUAUGAUAAUUGAUAAAAUCCUCGUGUGUUGCUCUGAUGCCGUAUUACUAAAUCAACUAGGAAUUAUAAGAUAUAUUGCAAUUUUAAAAUACAAUUAUUAUUUGUUUGUAUUAAAUUCAAUUAAUAAUAAAAUAUCACAUUCCAAAACUAAAAUGACUAUAUUUGUCAAUUUUUCGUUCAAAAUUGGGAAACAGAUAUUUAGUAAUGUUUUAUUGUCAGAAUUGAAGAAAACUACUACAUAUAGUCUUAAUUUAUUGCGUCAUAAAACAACAGAUGCUAUCAAAAAUGACUCUGUAUCUGAUGAUGUAGCAAAAGUUAAUAUUGAAGACAUUUUAAAAUGUAAUGAACAAUUAAAAGAAGAAAAUGAAGAAUUAAAAGAUAAAGUCAUCAGAUGCUUAGCAGAAUCAGAAAAUAUACGUAAAAGAUCUAUUAAAGAAAUUGCAGAUGCUAAAAUUUAUUCAAUUCAAGGAUUUUGUAAAGAUUUACUUGAUGUUGCUGAUAGUCUUAGCAAAGCCACUGAACUAGUACCAAAAGAAGAAGUAUCAGAUAGAAAUCCACAUUUAAAACAUUUAUAUGAAGGUUUAGUUACUACAGAAUCACAACUUCAAACUAUAUUUCAAAGACAUGGUCUUGUGUCAAUUAACCCGUUAAAUGAGAAAUUUGAUCCUAAUGCACACAAGGCUUUAUUUGAACAAGUUGUUGAAGGCAAGGAAGGAGGAUUAGUAGUAGUAGUAUCACAAAUAGGUUACAAGUUACACGACCGUGUCGUUAGAGCAGCGGCAGUAGGUAUUAGCAAAGAUCCAAGUCAAUAAGAUAAAUAAAAUGUAUAACAGUAGUUUUAGAAGUUCUAUUAAAAAAAAAUUGUGUAUAAAUAUUAUUUUUCAAUUUAUUGUAAUUGAUUUUACUAAAAUAUAAAAAGUUAUAUUAAGUUUUUAAAGAA